UCUUACUUGUGUUUUUCUAAUCUAAUAAACUUAAAAAAAAUAUAAAUGUUAAGAACACACUCAUUUGGAAUGCGAUUAGGCAUUCGUUCUAUGGAGAGUCGGAGCUGUACUGAUUCAGGAUUUGUCAUCCGGCAAUUUGAUUGUGAUAUUUUAGGAACAAAGACCUUUAAUGAGGAUGCACUUUCCUAGCUAAUACAGUCCGCGAGGUGAAUUUAGUUGCUAUUGGUUGGUCCGCAAACGAGCUCUACAAAUGAGAAGAGCAAAGGUACAAUUGCGCCAUAAUAGGGGCGAUGCGGCAACUAGACGUAGGGAGACCAUGCACUGGCUGAUAAAGCGAUACAAGCUGGUUAUCUUGGGCGCUGCGACGGUGGGCAAGUCAUCCCUGGUUUCCCACUAUACCCAGGGCAGCUAUCUGCAUGUUAAGGAAAACACGCUCGUUGCCGCAUUUUCCAGCAUCUACCUGGACAAGUCCUUGAAAUUAGAUACCUGGGAAGUGGCUGGCGAGGAACGCUGGCAUAGUUUGGCGCAUAUGUAUUAUAAGGGUGCCCAGGCAGCGCUUGUGGUCUACGAUGUGCAGGAUCAGGAUAGUUUUGUCUGCGCCAAGGAGUGGAUCAAAAAGCUAGCCCCGGACCUGGUUAUUGCCAUAGCCGCCAAUAAGGUGGAUUUGUGGGACGAUUUGUGCGUCCCUUCUGACGAAGUCAAAUACUAUGCUCAAAGAAAGGGAUAUAUAUUCAUGGAAACCUCGGCCAAAACGGGCCAAAAUGUUUAUGAAAUUUUUGCCGCAGUCGCUGAAAAACUUCAAGCUAGAAAAAGUCCUGAGCCGUUAAACGUAAGAUCAGGUGAAUGUUGCGGAUGUGGAAUACUAUAAACCGGAAU